AUGUUGCGAUCCUUGACAGCGAACUCUCAACUCAAAUCGGCGGCUGCCCGUCAAACCCGCUUGUUCAGCUCGGCCGCUGCUGCCUUGCAAAAGUUCCGUGCCGAGCGCGACACUUUCGGUGACUUGCAGGUCCCUGCUGACAGAUAUUGGGGCGCUCAGACUCAAAGAUCGCUUCAAAACUUUGAUAUUGGUGGUCCCCGUGAGCGUAUGCCCGAGCCACUUAUCAAGGCUUUCGGUGUGUUGAAGAAGGCCGCUGCUACCGUCAACAUGACCUACGGCUUGGAUCCCAAGGUCGGUGAAGCUAUUCAGAAGGCUGCGGAUGAGGUGAUUGACGGUACUUUGCUCGACCACUUCCCCCUUGUUGUCUGGCAAACGGGUUCUGGCACCCAAACCAACAUGAACGUGAAUGAGGUCAUUUCCAACCGUGCCAUCGAAAUGCUCGGUGGUGAACUCGGCAGCAAGAACCCCGUUCAUCCCAACGACCAUGUCAACAUGAGUCAGUCUUCCAACGAUACGUUCCCUACUGCUAUGCAUGUUGCGGCUGUUGUUGAAAUCAACCAUCGUCUCGUUCCUGCUCUUACCCAGCUCCGUGAUGCUCUCCAGAAGAAAGCUGAUGAAUUCAAUCACAUCAUCAAGAUCGGCCGCACUCACUUGCAGGAUGCUACUCCUUUAACCCUUGGUCAGGAAUUCUCUGGUUACGUUCAGCAAUUGACCUAUGGUAUCCAGCGUGUCGAAGGUACCUUGGAACGUCUUUACAACUUGGCUCAGGGUGGUACUGCCGUUGGUACCGGUUUGAACACUCGCAAGGGUUUCGAUUCCAAGAUCGCUGAUGCUAUCGCUCAAAUCACCGGUCUUCCCUUCAAGACUGCUCCCAACAAGUUUGAAGCCCUUGCUGCUCAUGAUGCUAUUGUUGAAGCUCAUGGUGCGCUGAACACUGUGGCCGUUUCGUUGAUGAAGAUUGCCAACGAUAUCCGUUUCCUCGGCUCCGGUCCUCGUUGUGGUUUGGGUGAACUUUCUCUCCCUGAAAACGAACCCGGUAGCUCGAUCAUGCCUGGUAAAGUGAACCCUACUCAGUGUGAAGCUAUGACCAUGGUCUGCGCUCAGGUGAUGGGUAACAACACCACCGUCUCUAUUGCUGGCUCCAACGGCCACUUUGAGCUUAACGUGUUCAAGCCUGUGAUGAUCAAGAAUUUGAUCCAGUCUAUUCGUCUUUUGUCCGAUGCCUCUGUGUCUUUCACGAAGAACUGCGUUGUCGGUAUCGAAGCUAAUGAAAAGAAGAUCAACGACAUCAUGAACGAAAGUUUGAUGUUGGUGACUGCUCUGAACCCUCAUAUUGGCUAUGAUAAUGCUGCCAAAUGUGCCAAGAAGGCUCACAAGGAAGGCACUACCUUGAAGGAAGCUGCCAUCUCUUUGGGCGUCUUGACCGAGGAACAAUUCCAGCAAUGGGUCCGUCCCGAAGACAUGAUCGGUCCUAAAUAA